GGCUACUGUGCGAGAUCCACAUUCUUGGUUCUCAGUCCGGGCUAGCUCUCCGAAAUGCUUUCUGGUUGUGAGUGCUCCGUUGUAAAAGUGCGCAUGCAGGCCAACAGGAUGGAGCGGAUGGAGUCGAUGGAGCCGAUCUCGGCGCACUACACCACGGCUUACCCGGAGAUCCAUCCCGACAGCGGCUACGAAUCCAGAGAGACCACCGACAGCCAGGCAAAGACUCCACCAGCUCCGACUUAUGAUGAGGAAUUACUGCACAAGACAAUCCUGGUCGGAGACAGUGGAGUGGGAAAGACGUCCCUGUUGGUGCAAUUCGAUCAGGGAAAGUUCAUCCCCGGCUCCUUCUCUGCUACAGUGGGCAUUGGAUUCACGAAUAAAGUGGUGACUGUUGAUGAUGUAAAGGUCAAACUACAGAUUUGGGACACAGCUGGGCAGGAAAGGUUUAGAAGUGUGACACAUGCCUAUUACAGAGAUGCACAUGCUUUGCUCCUGCUGUAUGACAUCACCAGCAAAACCUCCUUUGACAACAUAAGGGCAUGGUUAACAGAGGUCCAUGAGUAUGCACAGAGCGAUGUAGUCAUCAUGUUGCUGGGAAACAAGGCUGACAUGAGCAGUGAAAGAGCGAUCAGGAGAGAUGAAGGAGAGAGGCUGGCCAGAGAGUAUUCAGUUCCUUUCAUGGAGACGAGUGCCAAGACAGGAGUCAACGUAGAGCUGGCCUUCACUGCUGUGGCCAAGGAACUGAAGCACCGGGCAGUCCAGCAUCCCAAUGAGCCCAAGUUCCAGAUCCAUGAAUACAUUGAAGCACAGAAGGAGAAGUCAGGCUGCUGUAGAUACUUCUAAAUCUCACCUCCUGAGCCCUCCUCCCACCUCUCUGGGUGAACAGACUGUCAGAGACGCACCAAGAGGUACUGAGUGGGAGGAAGCCCUAUUAACUCACUGCUGCUCCCAAAAUAUUAUGCUGCCAUUCAUUCAAGACUAAAAGCCAAAAGUAGAUCAGUGGAAAGAGAGGAGGAUAAACCAAGUUACCAACAAAACCCACGGUUUUCUACUUUACCUAACAUUUUAGACUGACAUUUAUCAUUAUUUGAAACUAAACAUUUAUAGUAGAAAUUUUAGCAAACAGCACAUAAAUGAUUUAAAUUAUAUGAGAAAAUAGCCUUAUGCUAUUUGCUUUCUUUGUAAGACUUAGAUGACCCAUUAACACAUCUCAUUUGUUUAACCCUGAAAUGCAUGUGUGUUUUUUCAGACAUACCUAGAUACCUCAGGUCUUUAGCAACCCCACUUACAUAAUCCAAAUUAAGCCAUAUAAUAAAAUCAUAAUGCUUGUAAACUUGUAAAAAAAUAAAUAAAAUAAAGAAUACAUUUUGCAAUUUAUGAGCUUUUAAAAGUAAUUUGUUGAUGGAAGAAAUUUUGUUUUUUUCUAAAUUCAAUCAUAUAUUUCAGUAUAGUCUGUUUUAAUUAAUGUGUAUACUCUACUAUGUUACGUGUAGGCUACUGUAAUUUUCAUAGACUGCUCAGACUUGGACCGUAUCUUGACCGUUGUCCCAUUCAGAGCUCAUGUUGUCUGAGCUAGCUUUGUCAUUCUCUGAUUCAUAAAUGUCACUAAUACCUCCUCAUUUGUGGCCUUGGGUACAUCUUCAUUUCUAAAACUACUGU